AGCUGAUGAAUCCCGGAACUGACUGAGCCCUGACUCUCCUUUCUCCACCAGUAGCAGAAGUGUGCUACCUGUACAGACAUUCAUUGAUUUCAGUGGGACACUUAGGGAUUGAAGACAGUCAGCAUGGCUCUACCCAUAGACCCAAUGGAGGAGCCGCGAAUGUACCAGCAAACUUUGCUGCAGGAUGGCCUGUAUGAUCUUCUGGAGAGUGAUAUGAUGGUUGACUGUGUGUUGAAGAUAAAAGACAAGGAGUUUCCCUGCCACCGACUGGUCCUAGCAGCCUGCAGCUCCUACUUCAGAGCCUUCUUUAAAUCAGGUGUGGAAGAGAGCAAACAGCGAGAGAUUGUUCUGGAGGAUGUGGAGCCUGGAGUCAUGGGAAUUAUCCUGAAGUACCUCUAUACCUCCAACAUCAAUGUGACGGAGCAAAACGUUCAGGACAUCUUUGCCUUGUCUAACAUGCUUCAGAUCCCGUCGAUAUUCACUGUAUGCGUCUCGUUCCUGCAAAAGCGCCUGAGUUUGAGCAACUGCCUGGCCAUUUUUCGAUUAGGUUUGAUGUUGGAUUGUCCCCGUCUUGCCAUAUCGGCGAGGAACUUUGCUUGCGAGCGCUUUCAGUUUAUUACUCGGGAUGAAGAAUUCCUGCAGCUGACUCCAAGCGAAUUGGCGGCAGUUAUGGCAUCAGACUCUUUGAACGUAGAGACGGAGCAGGAUGUUUUUGAAGCUUUGAUCAAGUGGGUUGGACAUGACCAAGAGAACAGGAUUGGGGACUUACCAGAUCUUCUGGACUGUGUCAGGCUACGUCUGGUUCCUCGGGACUACUUUGCCAAAAAUGUAGAGAAGCAUGAGUGGUUGAGCUCGAACCCUGAGAUCACCAAGAAACUCCAACUGGUCAAAGAUGCCCAUGCGGGGAAGCUUCCGGAAAUCAAGAAGACCAAAAGCAAAAAGAGUCCUGGUGAGGAAGGACAGAAGAAGGGAGAUGAAGAGGGGAUGGAGGAGGAGGAAGAGCAGGAAGAGCGACUUCCAGGAAUCUUGAAUGACAACCUGAGGUUCGGGAUGUUCUUGAGAGAGUUGAUCUUCUUGAUCAAUGACUCUGCAUCGGUGGCUUAUGACCCAACAGGAAAUGAUUGUUAUGUGGCGUCAGUCUCAACUCAAAUUCCCAAAAACCACUGCAGUCUGGUCACAAAGGAAAACCAGAUAUUUGUGGCAGGUGGACUCUUUUUUGAUGAGCAGAGCAAAGAUGAACAGAUUUACUCAUACUUUUUACAGUUCGACCCUGCAUCAUCAGACUGGAUAGGAAUGCCUCCAAUACCCUCCCCCCGCUUCCUGUUCGGGAUGGGUGAAGCCGAAAACUUCAUCUUUGUGAUUGGAGGGAGAGAAAUGAAGGAAGGAGAAAACAUUUUGGACACAGUUAUGGUUUACGACAGACAGUUUCUUAAAUGGGCUGAGUCAGAUCCUCUUCCUUACCUUGUAUAUGGCCAUGGAGUUGUGUCUCAUAAUGAAAUGAUUUAUGUAAUCGGAGGAAAGGGAGAGAACAAAGAGUGUCUGAAUCGGGUAUGUGCUUAUGACAUUAAAACACAUCAAUGGAAAGACCUUGCUCCAUUAAACACAGCACGCUCGCUCUUCGGGGUCACGAUCCACAAAAACAACAUCUACGUAGUGGCUGGUGUUACUGACUCAGGCCUCACGGGCAGUGCUGAGGUCUAUGACAUCAAAACUAACAAGUGGUCAGAGUUCGUUGAGUUUCCUCAGGACCGCAGUUCUCUCAGUCUGGUGUCUGUCGGUGGGGUCCUCUAUGCUGUUGGGGGAUUUGCCAUGUUUUCUAAAGAGGACAGUGAUGAUCUCAUGCCGCAGGAGAUGAAUGACAUCUGGAGGUAUGACGAAAGCGAGAGGACAUGGAACGGCAUACUGAGGGAGAAUCGAUACGCAUCAGGUGCAACAGUUCUGGGAGUUCGUCUUAACACUCUUCGUCUCACCAAAAUGUAAACCUAUACACUAGUGCUGGCCAAACAUUCUCUGCACCAAAACAUCUAAAUAUAAUUUCUGCUGAUUUUAAAUACCUUUUAAUAACAUGAGAUAAAGUUAAAGCAUUUUCAUACAGUACCUGGCUCAGUUUGGACAUUUGCUUCAGCAUAUGGCACAUUUUGUCUAGGAAUAUAUGAACACGGCAAUCAUGCUAAAUUCCAUACCCCAUUAAAACGUAGUUUACUUUUGGUGAAAAUGCAAAGGGCUGCAGCUCCAACCCUGCUCCAACACACUUACCUGUAGGGUUCAAACAAUCCUGAAGGGCUUAAUUAGUUUGAUCCAUUUGUUUAAUUAGAGUUGGAACUAAACUGUGCAGAGCUGUGGCCCUCCAGGAACUGGAAUUGACACCAACACAUGCACUAUGAGUUACUACAAAUGUUACUUUACAAAUAGUGUUGUUUAUUUCACUUUUGCCACUCAAAAUGAAUCAAUGAUUAACCUGGAACAAGGACAAAAUGAGAGACCAGUAUAUAAUUUAGUUGGAGAAAUGUUUUUUUAGGAAAAUUGACAAAACACAAAAAUACAGAUGAAGAUUCAUUUUCAAAAACUUGUACUUUGAAAAUCUUUCAGGCAACAAUUUCUAAAGAAAAAAAAUAUUAUUAUCAUUAAAAGUAAAUAAAUAAGUAAAUUACAAUUAAAUAAUUAAACAAUAAUUUAUUAAAUGUAUUUAAAGCAUUAUUACUUGUCUAUAAAUCAUUAAAUGGCCUACUGUAGGAGCUCAAUACAUUACAGAUAUGCUCACUGAAUACAAACCUAAUAGAUCACUCAGAUCUUUAGGAUCAAAUAAACUAGAAAUUGCAAAAGUUCAGUCAAAGCAGGAUGCCCCUCGCUGCUGGAAUCAGCUUCCAGAAAUGAUCAGAUGUGCUCCAACAUUAGGCACAUUCAAAUCAAGACUGAAAACACAUCUGUUUAGCUGUGCCUUUACUGAAUGAGCACUGUGCUACGUCCGACAGAUCGAACUAUUAUGUCUUUCUUUUCUUUUUUAAAAUUCUUUUAUAACCUGUUAUAACACAUUUUAAUCUGUUUUAAUCUGUUUUAAUCAUUUUAUCGUUCGUUUUUUUUUCUUAUACUUGUCUUUUUUAUUCUUGUUUAUGUAAACACUUUGUGUGUACUUUGAAUUGCCAUUGUGUAUGAAAUGUGCUAUAUAAAUAAACUUGCCUUGCCUUGCCUAAA